AUAUAAAUAUAUUUAUCCCAUGGUGAGAGCAUGUAGACAAGUGGAAAUUCCCCUUCUUUAAUCUCUUUCAACUACGUUGGUGGAAGCUUAUCCCCUAUUUUCCCGAGAAAAAAUUGUGGUCAGUGAAAAUGAAGUCGCUGCCAUUGUCAGCAGGAACUUACAUCCCCAAAAUCCUCAACCCUAAAAUCCUAAACAAGAAUGUGGAAAACCCAGUGAUUAGAUGGUCAAAAACGAAGCCGAAAAUGGGUUCAAUAGCAAUUGUUGAGCAACAAAAUGAUAAAGCCAUAGUGUUGUUGAAGAGGAGAGAAGCGGUUGGUCUUGGUUUAUAUGUUGGGAUUGCUGAUGUUUUGUUGCAGUUGCUGCCACAACCUUGUCCCAGUGGUGCAGCUGUUGAGGUAGCCCCAGCGGCUUGUGAAUUGACUGUUAGUCCUUCAGGCUUGGCCUUCUGUGAUAAAGUUGUAGGGAAAGGCCCUGAGGCUGUUAAAGGGCAGCUGAUAAAGGCACAUUAUGUAGGGAGAUUGGAGAAUGGGAAAGUGUUUGAUAGCAGCUAUAAUCGUGGAAAGCCUCUUACAUUUCGUGUUGGCGUUGGUGAGGUGAUUAAAGGCUGGGACCAAGGUAUUUUAGGUGGUGAUGGAGUUCCUCCUAUGCUUGCUGGUGGGAAACGAACAUUAAGGCUUCCACCAGAGCUCGGAUAUGGUAUGAGAGGUGCAGGCUGUAAAGGAGAUUUUGGCUCGUCAGCUAUCGGACUCGGGAUUUUUGGAAGUCGAAGUCUCCCACACUAUCAAAGCCCCCUUUUUGCUCAAGGAGUUAAAGAAGGAGAAUCAAGCAAGGGAAAGACGAAGGUCAUCGAGUAGCCGACUUGGAACUAUUUUACCCAACACGAGGUCUCUUGGACUCGUAUUGUUGCGUGUUCGGAACCGUCGUUGAAGUCAUCACACCGGCUGAAAUCUUGUGGUAUUGUUUUUGUUGUUGAAGAACAUUUGGCAUGUAUAGGCUAUUAUAUUUUGUCGAAUUGUGGGUUGUAAACUUUAAGCCAUGUGAAAAUGGCCUAUGUGGUCGUCGAGUGGGAUGCUAGAACCUAUAGCCACGAGUCUUAGAAACUCAAAUUUUGUUAAGGUGGCCAUAAUUUGUGUCAUGUAUGAUAGAUGAUUAAGGCCAAGGAAAAAUUCAUGAAA